AGGAUGUUUGAGAACCGCAACUUUUUCCAGUAUAUGAAAGAAUGUCGAUAAAAUAAUAAAUUAGAAGCACUGCAAUAAAUGUGGAGAUUAUUCUUUUUUCUAUAUUUAAAAAAAAUCCAAAAUAAUUUUUGCUGAACUUAAGUUGUGUGUUCUAAAAAGAUUUUCUUGCAUCCAUCUGUACAUCUGUAAGUCUGAUAUUAAUGUGAGUAUAAAAGUAACCAUUCAAUAUUAGUUCCCAUUGCUUGACCUACUUGCUGCUCUCUCACUCCUUCCUUCCUGAGAACAAUAGGCUAUUUAUAGCCUCAUAAAGUAGUGGUGCCUUCUUGUUUGGGUCUGCUUCGUUGCGGAUUUUUUUUAUUGGGAGUCUUCUUUACAGUGCACUGAGCUCGCCUUCAUGAGCAGGGAAGUGCGCUAUAAAAUUACUAUUAUUGUUGUUGUUGUUAUUAUUAUUGAUGGGUGGUGCUAUUAUUUAUUUACUUGUUAACUUGUAAAGAUUUCAUUGCCACUAAAAAGAUGAGAGUAAAUGAAGAGCUUCAUUAUGGUGUGUGCAUUUCUAAAUGUCUCCCUCCUUAAGUUUGUUGGUUGCUUUGGCGGAUCACCUAGAGGUGAUAUCGCACUCUGGGGGAAGGAGAGGAAGGAGAAGGAAACCGGAAUACUCCGAGAGAAACCCUCACUGUUGGUCCUGGUGUCACAUACAGAGUGCCUUGAAACGAGAGCUGAACCAAGCACUUUUUACUGCAGUGGUGAGUAGAGAGUGUUUUAACCUCUACGCUACCGGGCGCCCCUUCUUUCUUCCUACAUGGAAGUCUGUCUUUUUAUUCCUCCUCCCCCUUUCUUUCUCUAUCUCUCUGCAUAUCUUACUGUUUUUUUUAACCUUCUGACAAAAGAGCAUCUACACAUAAUGACUAGAUUAUUACCCACCAGCUGCUGACGUGGUAUGAAACGUCGCGCAACACUGGCUGGCUGGCUGGCCGGCCUAAAACACAAAUGAAUAGAAGAGCAUUGAGAAUGACCUCGCCUGCAUCGGAUACGAGUUUUACAUCCCUUCUGCUGAGGUAGGUAAGCCCGUUGCAAUCAAAUUUAGUCACUGGAAAUAUUGUCUGUUGAUGUCGAACGAGGCUUAAUGAGAAUUUUCCAGAUCUUGGAAUAGAUGGCUGGCUUGUCAACAACACACUACAGCAGGAAGUUGAGACUUUCAAUGACUGACAUGUGCUCACCACGUUGUGCACCAGUGCGUACUCUAGUGACUGACACGGAUGUCACCGUGUUACUACGCGUGACCAUCUUUCCACGCCCUGCCAUGACCGCUCCAUGUCUCCUGGCCUGGCAACCGUGGCAGUAGGGGGACACACAGACAGACGGAGAGGUUGUACGUGUCUAGUCCUCCUGCGACUCGUCUUGUGAAAAACAUUGGGACAAGGACAACUUCCUUUUCUUCAACAUGGCUGGACCGGCAUGACGCAUGUAAUAACGUUUGUCAGAAAUACGAUCUGAAAUCCCUUCCUUGGAACUAUAAUCUACAUUUGGUUUCUGAGAAAUACAGUCAGCAAUUCUGCCACUCCGCCAGAAAACGGCAAUGUUGACAGUGAAGACUAUUGUUUCUGCUGCUGGAGCUCCCUUGAGAGAAUUGCACUGGGUAACCGGAAGUUGAACCACGUCACAAGACCCUGACCUGACGUUAUUUCCCUUUAUUGAUUACUUCCGAAGAAAAGCACGUGUCCAACAGACCUCGGUGUCACAGGGUUGCUGGGGUCAAACACCAGUUUUCCCCAAAGCAGAAAAAUGACAAUUCAUAGGCGCGAGCAGUAACAGUCCAGUGCAGGUGGCGGACAGUAGCCGAGAGGCGCGUGCUGCCUACGCCAAAAAGAAGAGAUUGAUGGAAAGGGUCUUGUUCCAGGAUUGUCCGUCAAUCAAGAGACACGAUGAAAUGUCACGUGACCUUAGCGACAUGUACAUCACUAGGCAAUCGAACCCAAACGGCGAGGAUAUGAUCCACAAAAACAUUGACAUCAACUUGCUGCAGGAAUGUAACAACAUAGAGCGUGGACCUCCUCUGUCGCAGGAGAAGAAAAUUCAUGAGGACCCUGCGGUCAAACAUAGAAACCCUGCGGUCAAGCAUAAGGACCCUGUGGUCAAAGGGCUGUCUAAGUAUCUUCGGUUUGUAGCCAGGAAAGACGACUGUAUGACCAACACUGGGCAGAUCUUCAACAUUUUGUCAAAGCAAGAAGCAGACGAUGUUGCAUUGCAAAGAAACUGCAGCGAGGGAACGAAGUCUGGCAACAGAACUGCUGAGUGCUCAAACAGCAGCGACACAGAAUCAGCCAAAGAUAGCAGCAGCACCACCACCACCACCAGCAGCAGCACCACCAGAAUCAACAGCGAUAGCAGCAACAGCUCAUUUUCCGGUGCAGGCUCCUCUGACCAGGCAGAAGAUGAUGAUGGAGACGGUGAACGAGGCAAUGGAAGAAAAGGUAUGGAACAAAGAAAGGGAAAAUGUAAGAAACAGAGACAGGCACUGAGGUCAAAGCUGAAAUCAAAGUUGAGGUUGAAGAUAAUGGCAGGUUUGAGAUCGAGAUUUUUGUCAGUUGUGAGGCGAAAAUUUUGGAGAGUGAUCCCUAAAACAUUUUGCAACAAAAUCGUCGAUGGGCCGAGCAAAAAGAAGAAAGGCGGCCAUUUUGUCGGCGUUAGAGGAAGUCCCCAAACUGUGAGACGGAAAAAUUCUUUAAAGCCACCGGCAUCACACGGCCAGGCUAGUCAAAGAAAAGUCCGCAGGAAAAGCUCCUUCCAGGACCCGUUUUCUUCCAGCAAGUUCCCGCAAGAUCAGCUGAGCAAGUUCAAGAACGGCCCUUGGACCAGCAAUGCUCUUCGUGUCAGGUCCCAUGUACUGGUGGCUGGUGCAUCCUACCUGGUCCAGUUGCUACGACAACGCUCUGCCAACGAAGAUUGGGGGAAGAGACGAAACCCUCCACGAGGUCGGACUAAGAGAGACUGUUGGCAGUAUGAAAGACAGAAAUCACUUCAAGCUAUCGACGGAGAGACUCCUAGUCAGUGCACAGAUCGCACUCAAGGCGAAUUCUGUGGAACACCCUCAGAUUUUUACAUCCUUGACAUUGGGGACACGGCGGCCCUUGUGACCCCUCACCCUAAGAGCGCUGCACCACCGCCGCGUUUGAAACUCCGGCGUGGAUACUCUGUACACCAGCAAUGUGACGAGGACCUAGGACUGCAAGGUCAAGCAGACCAUGGACUAAGGCCAACUUCAAGCCAUGCUGGAACAGAAAACAUAGAAGAUGACGUCAACGAUGUACAGCUACACGAAGAAAGGGCAGACAACCGCUUGCUACAUAUACUGAUAGUGGUGAUAAUAGGGAUUAUACUGUAUACUCCAUUGUGGAGUCCAUACUUUACCGACAAUAUGGACUGAAAUCAUCUUUAGUGUCAUUCUGGACCCGAAAAUCGUCUUCACUGGUACAUAACAAAACAGAACACGAAUGCGUGCUCGAGUGCAAACAUUUGCAGUUCAACCAGUCUCAGGAGACGACGACAACGACAACAACAGUUAUUUUGUAUAGUGCAAUAUAUCGGUCAAAAGACAAGCUUAUUGUGCUGAGCAGGAUCCAUGAAAUAUAAAGAUCCAACCGCGAACUUGUAUGACUGGACUGCUUGCAUAUGAUAUUUUUCAGUUGACUAAUAGAAAGAGUAUAAUAAAAAGUCUGCACCAAGCUUGGGAAACAACGAUGACGUCCGUGAUCCAACAUUCAUUUAAAUCGAAACAUAAGAAAGCGCAGAAACAAAACCAAGGAGAGCCGAUCCCCUCAUGGAACAAAACUCUUCUAUAUACCGAGAUAAUACUCCUAGAACUGAAGGGGAGUGGUUAUCAACGGUAACUGGUCGUUGGUAAAUAACGCUGGUGUAAACAACGUCUUCUGCUUAACCAAGCAGAUAUCAAAGACAUAAGAAAUAAACAGAUAAAUAAAUAAAAGUAAUUCGUCACAUGCUUAUAAAGAAGAAUAAUAACGAUAAACAACAUUGGUGAUGUCAAACGACCAAGGUAUCCUUUGAGUGCCCACCAUCUGUUAGGAGCAUCGCAAAGGUCGACAUGUGAAAGGCAGAUGCAGCGUUUCCUGUUGGGACGGACGCAGGAAGUGAAGCAUGUGUGACCUCAGGAAGGUUAACAGCUCCUCUUAGCCGCCAACUGUGCUGGUGAUGCCCACAAUCGCUGUAGGGAGACCCAGGAGGUAGGUGACGACAGUUGCUGCCCCUCCGUCAUCCUCAGCAUUACAUCUGACAAGGACAGAGUUCCAGAAGAUCUGCAACGUGUAGAACAAGUCUGUUUUCAGCUGGACAAAAUUCUUCAACUGAAGACAAAUAAAACUUACAAAAACUGUGUUAUUAUACUAAUUAUAAAUCCCACCGAAGAAAGAGCUGUGACAUACGCCAGUGUGGUUAAACUAUCAGCUGCCUUUGUGAGAAUCAUUUUUUAAACUUAGUUUUCAAAAUAAUUUUAUUGAGAACAAGUGUGAUGACUUUUGUGGUGGCGAUCACAUUCUAUAUUUAUGUUUUUGAUGUUUUUAGUUUUAGCCUAUGUUAGAUAUAUAUAUUAGUAGCGGAAUGAAGCCUGUGUAAAUAAAGUAAGGUAUAUCUGCA